AUGACAAGUGUAAAAGUGAGCAAUGUAUCACUAGGAGCAACCGAGCGUGACCUCAAGGAGUUCUUUUCCUUCUCCGGCGAUAUUCUCUACCUUGAGAACAGCGAGACAGAAAGGUCUAAGUUGGCAUAUGUCACUUUCAAGGAUCUACAAGGAGCUGAAACUGCUGUUCUUCUCUCGGGAGCAACGAUUGUUGAUUCUUCAGUCAUUGUCACUAUGGCUCCUGAUUACCAACUAUCCCCUGAGGCUUUAACCUCUUUGGAACCCAAAGACAGCAGCAAAUCUCAAUCAUCCGUGUUGAGAAAAGCCGAAGACGUUGUCAGCAGCAUGCUCGCAAAGGGAUUCAUCCUCGGCAAAGACGCCAUCGCCAAAGCCAAGAGCGUCGACGAGAAGAUCGGUUUCACCGAGAAGAUCAGCACGGGAACGGUCGCCGUGGGGGAGAAAGUCAGGGAGGUCGAUCACAAGUACCAAGUCUCGGAGAAAACCAAAUCGGCGAUCGCUGCGGCGGAGCAGACGGUGAGCAACGCAGGCUCGGCUAUCAUGAAGAACAGGUACGUUCUCACGGGUGCCACGUGGGUCACGGGAGCUUUCGGCAGAGUGGCUAAAGCUGCGGAGGGAGUUGGACAGAUGGCGAAAGAGAAGGUUGGUUUGGCUGAGGAAGAGGAUAAGAGGAAAGUGGUUGAUGAGUUUGUACAAGAAUCAAAACUCUCUGAGUCUCUUGAAGCAAAGAAAGAAUCUGAAGAACAUCAGGAGCCCCCGCAAGCUCCUACACCUGUGGCUCCGGCUCAACCUUAAGCUAUGCUAUGCAGGCAAGUAAAAAGAUCUUUCUAAUUCUUGUUGUAAACUGUAAUACUUGGAGCUAAUCCCUCCUGAAGAUCUAGCUUGCUAUUUAGGACCAAGACAUGUGUUCUUGCAACAUUGGAUCCAAGGUUUGGUUUGGAAAAUAAAAUAAUUUUGUAAUC